UUUGACCUGUGACCUAAGAUGGCUGCGCCCAGGAGGACGGAGGAGAUGUGCUGAGGUUGGAGUGAGGGAAAGAUCUAUCCGGAACCUGAAUUACCAUGUCGAAGGCCUCCCGUGCUGCCAAAGCAGUACAAAAGGUGACCCCUGGAAACGUGAUCCGGACAAUCAUUCGAGCAGGGCAAGCUGUUCCAGGACCACCCUUAGGGCCUGUCCUAGGACAGAGAGGCAUCCCCAUCGCCCUGUUUUGCAAGGAUUUCAAUGAGCGAACAAAGGACAUCAAAGAAGGGAUUCCACUGCCCACGCGCAUUACUGUGCAGGCCAACAGAACCUAUGAGCUGCAGAUUAACAAGCCCACAGCCACCUAUUUCCUGCUGUCAGCAGCUGGGAUAGAAAAAGGAGCAACAAACCCUGGGCACGAAGUAGCCGGGAUGGUAACUCUGAAGCACCUCUAUGAAAUCGCCCUGGUGAAGUCUCAAGACCCUGCUUUCGUACUGCGUGACAUGUCGCUCAAGUUGGUCGUCAGGUCACUUAUGGGAAGUGCCCGAUCGUUGGGCAUCAAGGUGGUGAAAGAUCUCAGUGCAGAGGAAUACGCUGUCUUCUUGAAGGAGCGUGAAGAGAGAUUGGCUGCGGAGGCCGAAGCAAAAGAGGCAGAGCUAGCUGCUGCAGGGAAGAAGAAAUGAGGCCCUACGCUUGCUCUUUUGAGAGUCAAAGUCCUGGACAACUCGACGGAUCUGGUGUUGGCCAAGCACCAGUUUGUUCCCAUUCCCCUUGUCCUGGAAAUUAAGGUCUGCUUGAUGGCCGGAUAAGUGAUUUCUCACGGAUGUGAUUGGGGAGGAUGGGGAGAAAGGGGUUGUACCUGGGAGGCCAAGCUCUUGCUAGAGCCUGUC